AUAUAGCUAAAGAUCUCCCUUUGUCAUUGCAACAUAUCCAUACACAAAAAAUGUUUCUUCUCCUCUCCCUUUUACUUCUCCCAAUUUCCCUAUUCUUUCUUCUCAAGAAACAAAAACCUAACCCUAAUAAUAAACCUCCGGGUCCAAAAGGUCUUCCCAUAGUAGGAAACCUACUUCAACUUGACAACACAAACAUUCAGAAAUAUCUAUGGCAACUUUCCAAAAAAUAUGGCCCUCUCAUCUCUUUAAAACUAGGUUUCAAGCAAACCCUAAUAGUUUCUUCGGCUAAAAUGGCAGAACAAGUAUUGAAAACCCAAGAUCUUGAUUUUUGUAGCAGGCCACAUUUUUCUGGUCAGCAAAAAUUAUCAUACAACGGUCUAGACUUAGCUUUUGCACCGUAUGAUAAUUACUGGAAAGAAAUGAGAAAAAUAUGUGUCGUCCAUCUUUUUAAUUCGAACCGUAACAAGAAUUUUCGACCCAUGCGAGAAGACGAAGUUUCUCGUAUGAUUCGAAACAUUUCGGAACGAGCUUUUGAUUCUAAACCAGUAAAUUUGACUGAAGAAACGGUGAAUCUUGCGAGUUCUAUAAUACGUAGAGCUGCGUUUGGUAAGAGGUAUAAAGAUGGCGAAAGUGAAGCGAAGAGGUUUCAUGAGCUGAUUACCGAAACAGAAGCUUUGUUAUCGGCUGUUUUCUUUUCGGAUUAUUUUCCAUACAUCGGAUGGAUUGUUGAUAAAAUGUCUGGACUUAGGUCAAGACUUGAGAAGAAUUUUCAGGAAUUUGAUGUUUUUUAUCAAGAAAUUAUUGAUGAGCAUAGUGAUCCUGAGAGAGAGAAGCCGGAGUAUGAUGAUAAUAUUCUUGAUGCUUUACUUCAAAUUCGGAAGGAUCAAUCUUUCAAAAUUCAAGUAACUUUUGAUCACAUCAAAGCAAUUCUUAUGAAUGUAUUCGUUGCUGGAACAGACACAAGUGCUGCUUCAGUAGUUUGGGCGAUGAGCUUACUAAUGAAAAAUCCCCAAACAAUGACAAAAGCUCAACAGGAAAUCAGAACCUUAAUCGGAAAAAAGGGUUUUGUAAAUGAAGAUGAUAUUCAGCAUUUACCUUAUCUAAAAGCUGUAGUAAAAGAGACAGCCAGACUUCAACCAACAGUUCCAUUACUACUCCCUAGAGGAACAGUUAAGAAUUGCAGUUUAGGGGGUUAUGAUAUACGGAAAAAUACCCUAGUUUACGUGAAUGCAUGGGCUAUCGGAAGAGAUCCUGAAACUUGGGAGAAGCCGUUAGAGUUUUGUCCAGAAAGAUUUUUGGACAGUGACAUGGACAUGAGAGGACAAGAUUACGAGUUAAUACCGUUUGGUGCUGGUCGGAGAAUUUGUCCCGGUAUGUACAUCGGAAUCGCUAAUGUAGAGCUUUCACUUGCUAAUCUUCUCUACAAAUUUGACUGGGAAAUGCCAUGUGGAAUGAAAAGGGAUGACAUAGAUGUUGAUAGUGUGCUGCCUGGUAUUGCUGUUCAUAAAAGGGAUCAUCUCCUGCUGGUGGCAAAGAACUACAUCUGAUCGAGGUUAAUUAUGCCAAUGGUUCAGAUAUGAAAUCAGAAGUUCCAAUUCAUGUCAUUACUUAAAAGUUAUUUGUCCAAAUAAUACAUGAAAAUAUACAAUAAAAAUUGUUAUAGUUAAUUAUUAA